GUCAUCCCUCAGCAGUAAAUGAUCUCAGUGAAAGUCACGUGGUUCCUGUGCCUCAAUAUCAUGCUGGUAAAAAAAAAAGAUUGGACACUUGCCCCAGCAGGAGAAUCUGGAGCAUGACGUAAUGCAGCCAAGCUCUCAUUGGUCCGCUGCUCGGUGGCACGUGACGCUCCGGGGACCUGACGGAGGACUAUGGGGGAGCACGGGUGCCCGGGUUAAGAACGGCACGAGUCGGAGCGCCUUCAUUUGGACACCUGAACCGAGCCUCGCCGGUGGACUCUGGUGCGGGUCUCUGAUUGUCGCUGGCGGGUCCGGUGCAGGCGCGAGCGCGGACGCAAGUGCAUCAUGGGACGUGGCCUCUUUGUGCUCGGUGCCUUCCUGCUGACGUCAUCGCUGCCACCAGCAGGGGGCGCCGUGGAGUGUCCCGUGCAGUGCGUGUGCGAGACGCGACCGUGGUACACGCCUCAGUCCGUCUUUCAGCAGGCGGUGACCGUGGACUGUAACGAACUCCACUUCAACGACAUUCCUGGGAACAUCUCCUCCGACACGCAGGUGUUGCUGCUGCAGAGCAACAACAUCUCGUCCGUCUCAAGGGAACUUGAACGCUUCACCAACCUGACGGAGCUGGACCUGUCCGAGAACCAGCUGACCCAGGUGCGUGGCGUGGGGGCGUGGUCUCUGGUGACGCUGUACCUGGAGGAGAACCGCAUCGAGGAGCUGGAUGACGAGAGCCUGAAGAACUUGAGCAGACUGGAGGAACUCUACCUGAACCACAACCGAAUCUCCUCCAUCACGCCGGGCGCCUUUGUGGGCGUGGCCAACCUGCUGAGGCUCCACCUCAACGCCAACCGGCUGGUGGCCGUGGACAGCCGCUGGUUCCAGUCUCUGCCCUCCCUGGAGAUCCUGAUGCUCGGGGACAACCCCAUCCUGGGUCUGGAGGACAACAACUUCCUGCCCUUGUCCCGCCUCCAUAGUCUGGUUCUGGCUGGGAUGGGACUCACCUCCGUGCCCACCGCCGCCUUUGUGGGCUUGGACUACUUGGAGAGUCUGUCCCUGUGUGACAACCGCCUCAGGUCUGUCCCCCAAGACGCUCUAAACCUGCUCCCCAACCUCAAGUUCUUGGACCUCAACCGGAACCCGAUGGAAAGAUUACAGCGAGGAGACUUUAAGGACCUUCAGCAUCUUGAGGAGCUCAGUGUGAACAACAUGGACGCUCUUGUGCUGGUGGAAGCUGAGACUUUCCAGAACCUUCCUGGCCUUGUCAAGGUGGACCUGAGCAACAACGCCAUCUUGUCUCACCUGCACGCUCGCGCCUUCAGGGGCGUGUCUUCCCUGCGCACGCUCCUCCUCCACAACAGCAGGCUCCGCCUCCUGUCAGGUGACCUGCUGGAGACCCUCCCCUCCCUGGAGGAGCUGUCCUUGUACUCGGACCCGCUGCGGUGCGACUGCCUCUCCGGGUGGGCUCGUCACCUGGGUAACGAGUCGCACGUCAGACUGCUGGAGUCCUCCUCCACGCGCUGCUCGUCCCCGCCCAGCCUGAUUGGACGAGAGCUGCGGGAGGUGGCGGCGGUGGCAGGAGGGGGCGGGGCCGACGCCUGCCUGCCGCUCAUCCACGUCGAUUCGUUCGUGUCGGAGCUAAACGCCAGCACGGGGGAGACCAUGACGCUGAAAUGUAGCGCUGACGCUGACCCCGCCCCUCAGUUUUAUUGGGUGACGCCCACUGGAGACAAGGUGAGCCCGGAGGCCUCACCAAUCACAUCCGAGGAGGGGCGGACCCCAGACAGGAAGUACCAGGUGACACAUCUGGGCACGCUGGUGAUGCAACAUGUGGCGCCGUCAGACGCAGGCGCGUACACCUGUGUGGCGUGGAACGUGGCGGGGGCGGACACAAAGAGCGUGACCGUGUCGGUGGACGCUCCCGGUUCGCCGCGGCUCCCCGGUAGGGGGCGAGGCGAGGAAAGGGGCUCCUGCGCUCUGCUGGUUACGGCCAAGGCAGUGAACGUGCACUCGAUGGUGCUGGCGUGGACCUUCGAUCCUUGGGGAGGCGGAGCUUCCACCCCGCAGGACACGCCUCUUCCUUUGCCACGCUGGAGCAGCGCCGCCGUGCACAUCAACAACGCUCACAUCAGCUACACCGCCAAGGUUCCCGUCGACGUGCAGGAGUACAACCUGACUCACCUACUUCCUGCCAGCGACUACCACGUCUGCCUCACCGUCGUCGCCGCCCCCUCCUCCCUUGGCCACACCUCCUGCCUCAACGUCACCACCAAGGGGGCGGGCUUCACUGUGGCGCCGGUGCCGUCCCGGCGCAGCGGCGUGGCGCUGGCGGCCGCCACGGGCUCCGUAUUCGCCGUGUCCAUCAUGGCGCUGCUGGUCUUCUACAUGGGGCGCCGCCGCAUGUCGUUCGCCCCCUCGCUGAAGAAGUACAUGCAGCACGCCGCCGCCGCCAUCCCGCUGCACGAGUACCCGCCCCUCAUCACGCUGUGGGAGGGCGAGAGCGACAAAGACAAAGAGGGCAGGGCGCCGACAGGAAGCCACAUUGACACCACCAAGACGUACACGUGGUGAAAACCUUGUCACGUUGUUGUUAGCAUUAUCUCAGACCUGGAGGGGGGGCUAUUGCAUGUUUGCACUCCUUUUUUGGACUUUUGUAGGUCAAACACGGUCGAGCACCGAGUUGUACACGUGAUGACGAGGAUGAAGAAGAAGAGCGUGAACGUCAACAAAGCUGCAAAGGUUGGCAUCACGUGAUUAAGCAGCGCCUCUUGUGGCCACCCGGGGCAACAGCAGUCGUCUUUUUGUACAAAGUUUAUAUAUUUGUAUUUAAGUUGCACAUUUAUGAAGAUGAUUGCUAGAAGACACAAUAAAUAUGAACACUGAACACAUGAAUAUAUUCGUCUAUCACAGGGGUCGGCAACCCGCGGCUCCGGAGCCGCAUGCGGCUCUUUGAUCACUCUGAUGCGGCUCAGCUGCAUACUUGUCGACCCCCCCCAGAAGAGUUGGGGCUGCAUGGGAUUCUGGGUAUUUGUUCUGUUGUGUUUAUGUUGUGUUACGGUGCGGAUGUUCUCCCGAAAUGUGUUUGUCAUUCUUGUUUGGUGUGGAUUCACAGUGUGGCGCAUUAUUAAUAAGAGUGUUAAAGUUUUUUUAUACCGCCACCGUCAGUGUAACCUGUGUGGUUUUUGACCAAGUAUGCCUUGGUGUCACUUAUGUGAGCAAGCAGAAGCCCCAUACAACAUUUGACUGGCGCGGCACGCUGGUUGUAGUGGGUGCUAAAUGCUGUGCCAUCACGUCAUGUUAGAGAGAACAGUUGACCUGACGUGAGAACAGUUGACCUGAAAUUCGCAGUCUGCCGGAAAAAUCGGGGGGGUUGACAAGUAUGACGCUUUUAAGCGAC